AUGUCUUCGUUCGACGAAAACCUCGUCGCAUCAGUUAAUAACGCGACUAUUCAACUUAAUCGUUACUUACCAUUGUUGAUUUAUAUAUCUGGUAUCAUUGGAAAUCUAUUGAAUAUAAUAGUUUUACAAAGACCAACUCUUCGCUCAAAUCCAUGUGCUCUUCUGUUUCUUUUUUCAUCAUUUUCAAGUCUCAUUACAAUUAUAUCUGGUUUAACAACGCGACUUACAGCUGGUUGGACAAUUGAUUUAUCUGAAACAAUUGGAUGGCUUUGUAAAGUUCGUAUUUUUAUUUUAUUUGUUUCAAGAACUAUGGUGGUUUGGCUUCUUGUAUUCGCUGCUAUCGAUAGAUGGCUUUCAGCAAGUAUUCAUACUCGCCGACGUAAUCUAAGCACACUAAAAAAUGCUCAGCGAAGUAUCAUAGUUGUAACAUUUUUUUCAUUAUUACUCAAUUGUCCACUAGUUUAUUGUUAUGAAGCUAAUUUAAUUGGUACACCAGCUAAAUGUUUUGGAUAUUCGACAGCAUGUCGUCUAUACACUGAUCUAUCUUUUACAUGUGGCAUUAUUAUUAUUCCAUCAUUACUUAUGGUGUUAUUUGGUUUAUUGACAAUUAACAAUAUACAUCAAUUAAGAAAACGAGUAAAUAUUAGAAAUACUUCAAUAAUAAAUCCAAAUACUUCAAUCAACUUGUAUGUACAACAACAAAAGAAAAGAACAAAUCGAAGUCUGUUUAGAAUGCUAUGUGUACAAGUUCUUUUUCUCAUCGUAUCUUGUACUCCAUAUGUAAUAUACAGACUUUACGCAACAUGUACACCUGCUAUAUCAUCAAAAUCUGCAUUACAAAUAGCUAUUGAAGGUUUAUUGUUCAAUUUAUGUACUAAUCUUACUUAUAUAGCUGCUGCAAUGCCAUUCUACAUUUAUACAUUAUUUGGUGGAACAGUUUUUCGAAAUGAGCUUCUAUAUGUAGCAAAGUUUAUUUAUCAAAAGUUUCGAUGUACGUAA